GGUUUAUGUAAAUACAAGCGAAAUUAUUACCUUCAGGGGAUACCCUAGUGAGGAGUAUGAAGUGACGACAGAAGAUGGGUAUAUCCUUUCCAUUAACAGAAUUCCUUAUGGAAGAAAAGGCCGCGAGGGAAGCAAAGGUCCAAGGCCUGCUGUGUUUCUGCAGCAUGGUUUGCUUGCUGAUGCCAGCAACUGGAUCACAAACUUGGAUUACAACAGCCUUGGCUUUAUGCUGGCAGACGCUGGCUAUGACGUGUGGCUGGGAAACAGCAGAGGGAACACCUGGUCCAGGAAACACACACACUUCACAGUGAAGCAAGAAGAAUUCUGGGUUUUCAGCUUUGAUGAAAUGGCCAAGUAUGACAUUCCAGCCUCAGUGGAUUUUAUUUUGGAGAAAACUGGCCAGGAACAAGUAUUUUACAUUGGCCAUUCACAGGGCACCACAAUGGCUUUCAUUGCCUUUUCAACUUUGCCACAGCUGGCUAAGAAAAUAAAAAUGUUCUUUGCCUUGGCACCAGUAGCUACAGUCAAGUUUGCUACUAGUCCUCUGGUAAAACUGGGAGUGUUUCCUGACCUGCUACUCCAGGACAUGUUUGGAAAGAAGCAAUUCCUCCCUCAGAAUUCUCUGCUGAAGUGGCUUGCUACCCAUGUUUGCACUCACAGAAUACUUGAUGACCUUUGUGGCAACUUAUUCUUUCUUCUCUGUGGUUUCAAUGAGAGAAACUUGAAUAUGAGCCGAGUGGAUGUGUAUUCAACACACUGCCCUGCAGGAACAUCUGUACAAAACAUGAUCCACUGGAGCCAGGCUGUGAAGACAGGGGAGCUCAAAGCUUAUGACUGGGGCAGCAAGGCUGCAAAUAUGGCUCACUACAACCAGUCUACUCCCCCUCUCUACAAAAUAAAAGAGAUGACUGUACCAACUGCAGUGUGGACUGGUGGACAGGACUGGCUGGCAGACCCAAAGGAUGUUGCUAUGCUGCUCACUCAGAUCACAGAUUUGGUUUACCACAAAAACAUUCCAGAAUGGGAACAUUUGGAUUUCAUCUGGGGUCUUGAUGCACCUUACCGCAUGUAUAAUGAAAUAAUUAACAUGAUUAGGAAGUACCUCUAAACCAACAUGGUAUUUCACAUUAUUAGUUCACCAGGAAUUUGUCUUUUUUUAAAAUACACUUUUCUGGCAAUAAUGCCACAUUGUUUAGUAUGAUGCACUUUUAAAAUGCCAGCAAUGACCACUGAAUCGGAUUCAUAUUUGGUUUGUUUUUCUCAGUAUUAUUUCUCUGUCUCCAUAGUAUUCUGCUGUUUUGCACACAGUGGCAUGGUACUCAAAACAGAGUAG